UAUUAUUAAUAACUAAAAAAUAGCAUUCGACUAUUCAGUAUUCAGUAUGAGAGUCAUCGAAUUCUUCAGCGGUAUCGGCGGAAUGCAUUUUGCCCUGAAAGAAUGCAACUUGAAAAAUUUUGAAGUCGUCCUAGCUGUAGAUAUAAAUACAGUAGCAAAUGCAGUGUACAGACAUUUUUUUCCAUCAACUAAUCUCAAAGAUUUGAACAUUCUUUCACUUAGCCCUGAACAGUUUGAUGCAUACUGUCCAGAUAUAUUACUGAUGAGCCCACCAUGUCAACCUUUCACAAGAAAUGGUCUGGUCAGAGAUGUUAAUGAUGAAAGAACUAAGCCACUGCUGCACAUUAUUGAAAACAUUAUUCCUAAAUCAAAAUCACUUAAAUAUAUUUUAGUAGAAAAUGUUAAAGGAUUUGAAAGUUCUUUGGCUAGAGAUAAACUAAUAGCUGCCUUGAAUCAAUCAGGUUUUACUUUUAAAGAAUUUCUUUUAAGUCCUGUUCACUUUGGUAUAUGCAAUUCAAGAUUGAGGUAUUAUUUAUUAGCCAAGAAGAAACCAUUAGAUUUUGCAAUACCCUUACAAAAUGAUAUCAUAACUGAAAAUAUUUGGGACGAUAAAUUAUGCAGCCACGUUAAACAAGUUUCAGAUGUAUUGAGCGAAUCUGAUACAGAAUUAGAUGAAUAUUUGAUUAAUGACAAACAACUAUUGAAAGGCGGCAAAGCUUUGGACAUUGUUACAAAACACAGUAAGAGGUCAUGUUGUUUCACUCGGUCAUACAGUUCAUAUUUAUGCGGCACAGGUUCUGUGUAUUCCAGUUUAUGCGAAGAAAAUAUUAAAGAAAUAAUUAAAGACAAUGACAAUAAUUUAGAAGUGCUAAAAAGUCUAAAAUUGAGAUUUUUUACACCAGCAGAAGUUGCAAAGUUUAUGUGUUUUCCUGUAUCAGAUUUUCCAGUUAGCAAUAAAAAGGCAUAUCAACUCCUAGGAAAUAGUAUAAAUGUUUAUGUUGUUUCACGGUUAUUAUGUUUAUUAUUACCUUAAAUCCUUAACUAUAUUAUUA